AUGAACGUUGUUUUGCGCUUCUUGAUCGCAGGAAGAGACACAAUAAUCUCAGCUCUCACUUGGUUCUUCUGGCUUCUCUCCAAACAUCCUGAAGCAACAACCAAGAUCCGACAAGAGAUUAACAAGAAGAUGCCAAAGUUUGAUCCCGUGGAUCUAAACAGUCUCGUGUAUCUAGACGGUGUCGUGUGUGAGACGCUAAGGCUAUACCCAUCAGUCUCAUUUAACCACAAGUCACCGGCAAAGCCUGACGUGUUUCCAAGUGGGCAUAAAGUCGACGAGAGUUGGAAGAUAAUAAUCUCUAUUUAG